GUGUCGUAGCUCUGUGUUGAGCCUCGCUCACGUUCACUCUGCAGCCACUUUAUCACAGCACGCACAGCUGCACAGCAUCAAACACGCUCUGUUACAUGCACACGGUUCGACUCCUUCAUCUCCGAGAGCCACUUUCCAAAAACUGAAGAUGGGAAAAAUUAACGGAUGCCUCAAAUGCCUCUUUAUUUUCUUCAACGUGCUGUUCGCAAUUCUGGGAUGUCUGCUGAUUUACGGGGCGGUGAAGUCCAGCGCCUACAGCCACCAGCUGUCGGCGGUCGGGAGCCCGAGUCUGGGGUGGUCUUGGGUGUUUGCCAUCGGCGUCCUCGGAAUCUCCUGCUUGGGCAUCUAUGCAGGCUACUCUGAGAAGGACCUUGCCCUGAAAAUAUUUGCAGGCUUCAUGGGCGUUGGAAUGAUCAUCAUGCUGAUCUUUGGCAUCAUUGUCGUUGUCACAAGGAACAAGCUGAGGGACAGCUUUGACAGCGCCUCCUCUGAGGUGUCAAAGCCCUUCAUGGAGGACGAGGGACUGAGGGCGAUGCUUGAUGGGCUUCAACAAAGUGCCCAGUGCUGUGGAGUGGUGAACGCCGCCGACUGGGGGGAGGAAAUCCCUUGGUCAUGUGAGUGCUCUGGACAGGGAUAUGGAGCAUUUGGAGGACUUGGUGGAUCUGGAUGCAAAUCCAAACCUCAGGGAACCAAAGGCCCAGAAAAAAUCUAUAAACAGACCUGCAGUGAGUUCAUCUUCGUGUGGUUCAACCUCUUCUUCCAGAUCGCCAUGGGCUUAUUCUUUGGAUUUGCCGUCACUGCACUGCUGGGCCUGCUGGUCUCCCUCCUGAUGAUCUAUCAGGUCAAACGUGCAGACAGCGCAGGAGGAGCGUCCAUCGCUAUGAAGGGCUACUGAAGGGACCCCUCCACCCCUGACCCCUGACCUUUAAACCUCUGCACUAUAAUAGGAGGACUCAGUGGUCCAUACGUGAGCUCUUCUUUUCUUUUUACGACAUUGCUGCCUUUGAAGAAAGCGACGGGGGAAGCAGGAGACCGAGGGAUGAUGUGGCUUGCUGCAGGAAGCUUUCAUUUGGGAUCGAAGGUGCUGCCUUUUCUUCCAGCUUACUAUUGUAGAAAAUAUUGCAAACAUUUAUUUUUUUGUGAAUCAGUGUAUCUUUUUUGUGUCAUGAGAUGUAUGCAGUAUUAUAGUAGACUGAUGUAACAGAGACAUAUUGCAGUAAAGAAGCAGUUUCUAUACUCAGCCUUCAGCACAUCUGACUACAGCUCUGUUAACCCGAGGAGGUGGCGACACAUUACGGUGGUUUUAAAACAGUAAAAUAGUUUGGAAAAUCCUCGUAAGCCCCUGUUGCUGCACAAAAUACACAUUGAACUUCAUCAAUGAAUCUCUGCAAAAUUGGCCUUCCUGGCAAACUUGUGUAGCUGGCGAGCUAAUCGCUAAGACCAGCCAGGAACUUGCUCAUGCAUCUGUCUCCAACGCUCUUCCAGCUAAAUGUCUGGCUCGCCAGCUGUCAUUUAGCUUUAAGUUGCUCUGCCUGUCAGCAAGCUAGCUAACUCCUUCACCAACUGGCAAAUAAAUUCACACGAUUUAUCCGAAAGACUUUGUAUCACAGACUGGCUGCAUUAAUUGCCAGUGUUACUUGUGCUUUAAUCCAAUCAGAAUUUACAAUAAUUACUGAUGGUAAUUCUUUACAUGGAUUGGGAAAUAAAACCCUCAGAUUUGAUUGCUCCUCGUAUUUCACAAAGCUGCAGCUGUAAAAUGAAGACUAAUUCUUUUUGCCUCUGGGUUGAGGUCAAACUCAUUUCUGAGGGAAUUACCAACAUGAAGUACGGAAAAUCAAGAAGGUUUUCAAACCCUCCUCGGGCUAAAAUGGUCACGUCAGAAGAACACUUUAGCUGUCACUCAUCUGUGUGUCUGUAAAAAAUGUAGUAACGAACUUGCUAAUUUUCCUUAAGCUGUGUGUAAGUUUAUGUAAAGCACUUCAGUCUUGUAAACAGAACCCUCCACUGGACUUCAGGGUCAGGUUAAUGUCCUGACGUGACAUCUUCCAAAUCAAUAACUCCUUCCAACUUCUCAUCCGUGUCAGUACAAUUAUUAAAACACAAGACGGCAUCCCUUCACUGAGGAUGAAGCCAUGUGAGGAACCAAACAACAGCAGCUCAGGGUUAAGUUUUCAGAUCUCCCACGCACAUGAACACACCACCAUUGUUAAAAAAAAAAGACAAUGAUUGAAGCUGAAGACACAAACUGUGACAGGAAGUGUUAUAUUGGAAAAUCUGCACUCGUGUCCUUUCACAUUAAACUCCAGAGACUGAA